UAUUUGUAUUUUGGAGGCAACUAUUUGUAAGGCUUCGAAGACUCCACAUAUUGUCCUUUUUAUCUUCUUCAUCUUCUUCCUUCGCAUUUCUUCUUCUUUCCCCACCUAAAACCUCUCUUUUUCUUUCUCUCUCUUCUUUUUUUUUGUUUUCUACUUUUGUAGGUCUUCAAAUGGGCGCACCACCUUUUCUUUGUCAAACCAUGCAGACACCCUUUUACAUAAAAGACACUCUUUCCCCUUUUUAACUCACUUUGAGCUUCCUAGGGUUUUUUUUUUGAAGGAGGGUUUGAGAAGGAAAGGCUUUAUUCUUUAUACUUUAUACUCAUCAUCAACAACACACAUCACUGCCCUUCUUUCUCUAAAAGAUAACUUCUUUUUAUCUUGAGAGGAAUUGUAGACAUCUGGGUAUUUUUAUCCCCUCUUGUCUUCUCUAUCCUCUCUUGCUUUCUUUCUCUUUCUUACACUUAAGAAUUUUCCAUUUUUUUGGGUGUUUAGACUUCACUUAUACCCAUUUCAUACUGGGUCAUUUUCUUAUUUAAAGUCUAUCAAGUGAAUAAUUAAUUGCCAUUGUUGAAUUUUAAGGAAACAAUAAUAAUAACAAUAAUAAAUAGAAGGUGGGAAAAAUUGAAGAACUCAUAAAGUUCUGAUAUUUUUUCAUGAAUUUUGGGGGAUUUCUUGAUAGUAGUGGUGGUACUGGAAGCGAAGGUGGCGGCGGUGGUGGUGCAAGGCUAGUUACUGACAUCCCCUACAACAACCAUAACAUGCCUCCCGGUGCCAUUUCUCCUCAUCAUCAACAACAACAACAACAACAACAACAUCGUCUUGUGGGUCCCACUUCCAUGAACAAGUCUUUCUUCAAUACUCCUGGCCUCUCUCUUGGUCUUCAAACAGGAAUGGAGGGGCAUGGAGAGGUAACAAGAGUAACAGAUCAAAAUUAUGAAGCAAAUGGAAAUGGUGGAGGUGGUGGUGGUGGAUCAACCAUAGGAGCAAGAAGAAGUAGAGAUAAUGAAGAACAUGAAAGUAGAUCUGGAAGUGAUAACUUGGAUGGUGCAUCUGGUGAUGAUCAAGAUGCUUCUGAUCUCCCUCCAAGAAAGAAAAGAUACCACCGACACACCCCUCAGCAAAUCCAAGAGCUUGAAGCUGUGUUCAAAGAAUGCCCUCAUCCUGAUGAAAAGCAAAGAUUGGAGCUCAGCAAAAAACUUUGUCUUGAGACUAGACAAGUCAAGUUUUGGUUCCAAAAUCGUCGGACCCAGAUGAAGACCCAAUUGGAGAGGCAUGAGAAUUCAAUCCUAAGGCAAGAGAAUGACAAGCUAAGAGCAGAAAACAUGUCUAUUAGAGAAGCAUUAAGAAACCCAAUUUGUAACAAUUGUGGAGGUCCAGCCAUGAUAGGAGAUAUAUCAAUGGAGGAGCAACACUUAAGGAUUGAAAAUGGGCGUCUAAAGGAGGAAUUAGACCGAGUUUGUGCACUUGCAAGUAAAUUUAUAGGUCGACCAGUAUCAUCCCUAUCAGGCUUAUCUGCUCCACCAAUGCCUAGCUCAUCUUUAGAGCUUGCUGUUGGGACCAAUGGGUUUGGUCCUUUAAACACUGUGACCACAUCUUCAUUGCCCUUAGCACCUGAUUUUGGAAGUGGGAUAUCCAAUGCUUUGCCUGUAGUUUCUCCUACUAAAUCUACUGCCAAUGUAUCGGGUAUCGAACGAUCUUUCGAGAGAUCCAUGUAUUUGGAGCUGGCUUUGGGUGCUAUGGAUGAACUUGUUAAGUUGGCUCAAAGCGAAGAGCCAUUAUGGUUAAGGAGUAUGGAUUCUGGUGGAAGGGAAGUGUUGAAUCAUGAUGAGUAUAUGAGAUCUUUUAAUCCUAUUAUUGGUAUGAAACCUAAUGGUUUUGUCUCUGAAGCUACUAGAGAAACUGGUAUGGUGAUCAUCAACAGUUUAGCUUUUGUUGAGACUAUUAUGGAUGCGAAUCGGUGGGCUGAAAUGUUCCCUGGGAUGAUUGCUAGAGCUACAACUACUGAUGUGAUUUCAAGUGGAAUGGGAGGAACAAGAAAUGGUGCACUUCAAUUGAUGCAUUGUGAGCUCCAAGUUUUAUCACCAUUGGUGCCGGUUCGAGUGGUGAACUUCCUGAGGUUCUGCAAACAGCAUGCUGAGGGUGUGUGGGCUGUUGUCGAUGUAUCCAUCGACUGCAUCCGGGAAAGCUCCAUUUCACCUACGUACGUAAAUUGUAGGAGGCUUCCCUCUGGGUGCGUAGUACAAGAUAUGCCAAACGGCUAUUCUAAGGUUACAUGGGUGGAACAUUCUGAAUACGAGGAAGGUAGCAUCCACCAACUCUAUCGCCCAUUAGUUAGCUCGGGAUUAGGCUUUGGCGCCCAGAGAUGGAUCACCACCCUCCAACGCCAAUGCGAGUGCUUAGCUAUUCUCAUGUCCGCUAACAUACCUUCAGGAGACCACAACGCUAUCACAACAGGCGGGCGUAGGAGUAUGUUAAAGCUAGCACAAAGGAUGACUAACAACUUCUGCGCCGGAGUGUGCGCAUCAACAGUACACAAGUGGAACAAGUUGAACAUGGGGAAUAUAGACGAAGAUGUCCGGGUUAUGACCCGAAAGAGCAUGGAUGAUCCGGGAGAGCCAUCGGGUAUAGUACUGAGUGCAGCAACAUCAGUAUGGUUGCCUGUUUCCCCUCAGAGACUGUUUGAUUUCCUGCGUGAUGAACGGUUGAGAAGCGAGUGGGACAUCUUAUCUAACGGUGGGCCUAUGCAAGAGAUGGCCCACAUUGCCAAGGGCCAAGAUCAAGGCAACUGUGUCUCUCUCCUCAGAGCUGGUGCUGUGAACCCCAAUCAGAGCAGUAUGCUGAUUUUACAAGAAACAUGCACAGAUGCAUCUGGGUCACUUGUUGUGUACGCUCCGGUUGAUAUCCCGGCAAUGCAUGUGGUUAUGAACGGUGGUGACUCUGCCUAUGUUGCGCUUCUUCCCUCGGGAUUUGCAAUUGUCCCUGACGGUUCAGGAUCUCGUGGGCCCAACAUUAGCAUGGAUGGAGGCCAACAAAGGGUGGGUGGAUCCCUCCUUACAGUUGCAUUUCAAAUUCUUGUUAAUAGCCUCCCUACUGCAAAACUCACUGUAGAAUCAGUGGAAACUGUAAGCAACCUUAUAUCAUGCACUGUUCAAAAAAUCAAGGCCGCUCUUAACUGUGAAAGUUAGCUGAUCCGACGGCUGAGAUUUAUCAAUCAUGACAGUGGCUGAGAUCAUGAGUUACUGUACAAAUAAAUUUUUGGUGUUUUUUCAUUGGUAAUCUUUGAAUUUGUAAUGCGAUGGUAAAAAAGGAGGAAAUAUGGUGAGUUUUAAUGGGGAAAACUCAGAAAGUGGGGUGUGAGUCAAGAACGAACCGCGUGUGGUUUGCAAAAACCCUUGUGACAAGGUGGUUUUCCGGUUGUGUUUUCCGAGAAAACUAGCUUGAAACAAGGGUGGUGGUUCGGGUAUUGACUCAGGGUUUUGACCCAUAUGAGUUUUUGAACUUUUGGUUAACUUAAUUAAUUAAUGUAACCAUGUAAUUUUCUGUACUUGUUCAAUGAUCAAAGGAAUUGUUCAUUGUUACUAAGGUUUUUCAGAGGUAAAUCUUUUAGAGGAUUUAAGAUUAAGUACACUUCUCAA